CUUUUCUUCCGCGUGGCUCUCUGGCGCCAAUUAUGUCCCCGGUUCACAGCUGCGUAGUUGGUGUUUCACGGCAGGUUCUGGUGUUAGGAGAUACGAACCACGCAGAGAGCUCAUCAAAAUGACCAGCAGACGAACAAAACGUGAAGAGACCGUGAAGAACCUGACUCCAGAGGCAGCAGUUCGACGGUCAUCUCGCAGAACCCGGCUGACACCGAAGCGCCUCCAGUACUCCCCGGACAGAGCUGACGAGAGCCCCGGGAAGAAGAAGAAAUCAAACUCACAAACAGGAAAAACGCUUCAGAGGAAGACAAUAAAGGAUGAAGAGCCUAUAAACAGUGAUAAAUAUGGUAAUGGUCUUUCUGCGUAUGAACUGGAGCGGCUGGAGAACAUCAAACAGAACCAAGCUUUCCUGUCCUCCAUUAACUUGUUCCAGGCAACGGACGAGUUGAAGCAGCUGACUCGACCAAAGGCUUCACAGCGAGGUUUAAGGUCGCAGCCUUAUGUAAAGGAAGUGCUGCCGCCUCGUAAAUCCCUGCGCCUCCAGAAUAAAGAGGCAGAAAUGCUGGAGCUUCCUCCUGAACCCAGUGGACGGCUCAUCGUCCGGGAUGUAUCUGAUGCUUUACUUAAGCCUUCACUAGUCAAAAAACCUGCUGGCCCUCUACCAAUGAAUCCAGUGAACGUGGAAGAAGACUUCAAGCUCCCUUCAGAACUUCUUAAGCUCUGCUCCGAGGAAGCUACAGAAAGAAAAAUGAAACUGGACAACCUCACAUGAGUCCCUCCACUCAAUGGACCCCAAGACUUUGCGCUGCGUCAGUGUCCACCCUCUCCAGAUGCACUACUUUGCAGUGGCAGAAAGCAGGGUGGUGAGUAUUUAUGACAGCAGGCACCUGAAGAAGACCAAAAACCACGCAGUGUCCCACCUGCACGGCCACACUAAGAGCAUAGCCAGCGCCUACUUCUCACCGUGCACCGGGAACAGAGUUCUUACCACUUGUAUGGACGACUGCAUCAGGAUUUAUGAUACAUCUUCAAUGACAGAAUCUCCUCUGCUGAAAUCCAUCAGGCACAACGUUCAGACGGGCCGCUGGCUGUCGAAGCUGUCGGCGGUGUGGGACCCCAAACAGGAAGACUGCUUUGUGGUGGGGAGCAUGAUGAGGCCCCGCAGGGUGCAGGUGUUCCACGAAAGAGGCCAGGUCCUGCACUCCUACACGGACAGUGAAAACCUGAACACGGUGCUGUCGGUCACCGCCUUCCAUCCCUCGAGGAACGCACUGCUGGGAGGAAACGCCUCAGGGCGUCUUCAUGUCUUCUCCAGCUGAGCUGAAGACCGGGAGCAUCUGUGACCAACAGGUUUGUCAGGAGCUAAUAAAUUUCUACAAAACUUAAUGUUUAGAUACAUCUCAACACUUGAUAGUCUGGUCAUUUUACACAGAGUUUCAGUGUAGUUGCAUUAUAAAUGUACAGAGGAAAAACUUGUAAUAACAUGAAAUUUUUUUAUUUUGCAGCAGACACAUUUAUUGCUACUUUCAGUCAGUUUUCUAUUUAAAAAAAUAUCCAGACAUGGUUUCUUCUGUCAUUAAAUGAUAUAAAACACAUCAGUUUCAGCUCACGUGGGAAACAUCUAUUUUACCUCUGUUUGUUUGUUUUCAGUAGCACACUUUAUUCCCCUCUUUUCUCAGCUGAUUAUUUAAGCUCAUGUUUGUGACUAGCUGCCAACCAGACUGAUGGAGCUCAGUCUGCUCAGAGGUGCUCUGUUAUGUAACCGCUGUGGAAAAUGUUGGUGCAGUCUGUGCAUUUUUUGUUUUACUUUAAAUUAUUGCAUUGCUUACAACAAAAUGACACUCGUGAAACAGUUGACAUUUUGAUAAUCAUCUUGCACAAUUUCUUUUUUUCAUUUUGUAGCUGAUAUUUUUUCCCCAAGAAAAAAACUAUCUAAACAUUAAAGUCUUUUAGUUUGGAAAAGUAAGUGCAGUGAAACAUGUAGGUCAGUUAGUAAAUCUUAAAUGAAUCCUGAUUUUUUUUUUUUUUUAUAAUGUAAAGGCUUAAAAAUGUUAUACACAGCAGUAAAGUGAUUUUACAUUGUGUUAAAUGUUAUUUGGGUCCAUAACUGAGUUCACCAUGUAUUUGUUUUCUUAAAUUUAUAUGUGACUUUUGAAUUAAACUGAAUAUUUUAUACUC